CCAACUUCCGCUCAAAUCCCUUCUGGGUAUUCAUUUCCCAUAACUCCUCUCAGCAAAUCCAAUCAAAAUCACAUGUUGCAGAGAAAGCAUUCUCAAAUGGUUAAUUUGUUUGUAGACUCAUCACUGCCAUCUUUCCCCACCUCAUCAUUUUAUCGUCGUGUAGAGCUCCCUUCAAACCAAACAUCCAAUCAACAUUAUGCAUCCAUAUUGCCCCAGGAAGAAAAGAUCAUAGGCACGAAACGGCAGCAAUCUUUUUCUUUCGAAAACACUCAGAUUCCUCCAUUAGUCCGCUACCAAUGCUCCCCUCACUUGAAUUCUUCUAGUCUGAGUCACAGCAGAUCUAAUAUUGGACUCACCCACAUUACCUCCAGGGAAGCAAUGGUAGGCAUCUCUCUAGACCUGAACUCGAAAACUUCUGCUGCAGCCGGUGGCAAUUCCAUCACAUUUGCCUCAAAUUCCUCAACAUCAUCUCAAAAUUGUCAACAAGAAUUCUCCAAAUUCAGUCCAUUUUCUAUCCAAUAUGAAAAGAAGGAAAGCAUUGAGGAGUUACAGCAAAGAUCAGGCACUAGUUCAUCAACUCACAAGACACUCUUUUACAGCUUCUUGCCAACAGAACAUGAGCAGGAGGAUGGAGCAGAAACAACUCUUAGCUUAAAUGGCCGAACUUUUGAAACAAAAUCAGAUGGCAUUGAUCUCAGCCUAAAGCUCUGAGUAGGCUCACAUUAUUACCUUAUACAUACAUAUAUAUAUAUAUGUCUUGAGUGAAAAAAGAUUAUUAGGUUAUGCAAACUUCAUUUAAAGUUUUCCGGCUUGAAACGAGCUA